AGGUUAUCCUGGUGAAUCUCCAUCUGAUUUAGCAUAAUAGAAAAAGAGAGCAGAAUGAAUGUAUGGACUGCCCCUCUCUUAAUAAUCGUGUAUUACUGCACAUGUUGUACAUAUGUGGAGCAGAAUUAAGCCAUCUGGCCCAUCGAGUCUGCUCACCUUUCAAUCAUAGCUGAUCCUUUUUUUUCUCCUCCUUGACCCCGGUUCCCGGCCUUCUCCCUCUAACCUUUGAUGCCAUGUCCAAUCAAGAGCCUACCAAUCUCAGCCUUAAAUACACCCAAUGACCUGGCCUCCACAGCUGCAUGCAGCAACAAAUUCCACAAAUUCACCAACCUUUGGCUAAAGAAAUUUCUUGGCAUCUCUGUUUUGAAAGAGCACCCCUCUAUCCUGAGGCUGUGCCCUCUUGUUCUCGACCAGGCAUGGGCAAACUACGGCCCGGGGGCCAUAUGCGGCCCGUUAAGCUUUUUAAUCCGGCACGCAGAACUUGAUGAAAUUAUAUUAAUAAACCUUGUUAACGUUUUUCCCCCGCAAUUCUGGCAUUUUCCCAAUAGAUGACGCACUCUAUAUACAUUGACCUUUGUUGAGGUGCAGCGUAUUACUCCACAUUUGCGCUUUACUCUUUGGCCUCUCACCCCUUCUGUAAAGAUGAGUGGAGCUAAGAAAAGAAAAGUGGAUAGAGAAUGUCAGGUGUUUAAUAAGGAGUGGACAACUAAAUAUCUUUUUACCAAACACCGAUCAACUGCUGUAUGCCUGAUAUGCCAAGAGACUGUGGCGGUUUUUAAAGAAUAUAAUAUCAGCCGUCACUUUGCCACAAAACAUGCCAACUAUGCUAGCAACAAGUCAAUGAAAGAACGGGAAGCUAAUGCUCAGAGGUUGGCAGCUAAUUUACAGGCUCAACAAAAUUUUUUUCACCGUCAAACUGCCAUUCAUGAGUCAAGUACCAAGGCGAGUUUUAUGCUGUCAUUCAAAUUAGCAAAGGCCAGCAAGCCUCUGUCUGAAGGCGAGUUUUUAAAAGAAUGUAUUGUAGCGGUGUGCUACAUGCAGCGCUAAAAUUACGACACGGAGUCGGUAACUGCAGUCGAAGGAAAAACUUUAUUCGAAAUCUUCAGCCUCACUUUAAGCCUCCCUCAACCUGCCCCCCGUGGUGCAGAGGCUCCAAAGCUCUGUGCUUGCAAACCCCCGUAGGCUAUCUAAUUGUGAGCCGGUUCGGAUGUGCCAGGAAAUGGGUCGCCACAGUAUGGUGGAGACAGCAGGUGUAUUGUGUCCGGAGAGCAAAGACAAAUUUGAAAAAAUCAGUUUAUCACGCAGGACAGUGACUCGCCGUGUGGAACUGAUAGAUGAAGAUAUAACCAGCGACUUAAAUAAAAAGGCAGAGUCGUUCACGUUAUAUUCAUUAGCACUGGAUGAAAGCAACAAUGUAAAAGACACUGCUCAGCUCCUCAUUUUUAUCCGAGGAAUUAACAAUACUUUUGAAAUAACGGAGGAGUUUUUGACAAUGGAGUCUCUGAAAGGAAAAACACGGGGAGAGGACUUGUAUGACCGGGUGUCUGCUGUCAUCGAAAAUAUGAAGCUCCCUUGGAGUAAACUUAUCAACGUCACCACAAAUGGAUCUCCUAGUUUGACGGGGAAAAAUGUCGGCCUGCUGAGGAGAAUACAGAAUAAAGUGAAAGAUGACAAUCCUGACCAGGAUGUUAUUUUCCUUCACUGCAUCAUCCACCAGGAAUCUCUAUGUAAAUCGGUAUUACAGCUGAAUCAUGUUGUGAAUCCUGUCGUAAAACUUGUCAACUUUAUACGUGCAAGGGGACUUCAGCACCGUCAGUUCAUCACGUUCCUGGAGGAAACUGAUGCGGAUCACCAAGACCUACUUUAUCACUCCCGUGUCCGCUGGUUAAGUUUGGGCAAAGUGUUUCAACGAGUAUGGGAGCUCAAAGAGGAGAUCGGUGCAUUUUUGGAGUUACUGAGGAAGGCCGGUGAAUUUCCUGAGCUGAGCAACAAGAGCUGGCUUUGUGACUUUGCGUUUGCUGUGGAUAUAUUUUCACACAUGAAUGAACUGAACGUGAAGCUACAGGGGAAGGAUCAGUUUAUGCAUGACAUGUACACAAACAUGAAAGCCUUUAAAUCCAAGCUGGCUUUUUUCUCCAGGCAAAUUUUGAAUAAGUUAUUCACUCAUUUUCCCACACUAGCCACGCUGGAAGAGGCCAGCGCAAAUGUGAAAAAAUACAGCGAGUCACUGGAUGUGCUGCACAGAGAAUUCUGCCGUCGCUUUUCUGAUUUUGAAAAAAUUGACAAGUCACUUCAGUUGGUGGCCUGUCCCCUGUCACAAGAUCCUGAAACAGCACCAGAGGAGCUACAGCUGGAACUGAUCGACCUUCAGUCUGACCCAGUCUUAAAAGAGAAGUUCAUCUCUCUUAAACUGAAUGACUUCUAUGCUUCACUUGGUAAAGAGGUGUUUCCAAACCUCCGGAGGACAGCACAGAAGAUGCUGGCGUUGUUCAGCUCGACCUAUUUGUGUGAACAGGCAUUCAGCGUCGUGAACAUCAACAAAGCCAGCCACAGAUCCAAGUUAACUGACCAACACCUCAGAUCCAUCCUGAGAAUCGCCACAACAAAACUUAAUCCAGACUUUGAUGCGCUGACUAAAAAGGGAGACCAACAACACUGUUCCCACUGAAAUUAAAAAUAAGUUUCUUUGUUGUGUUAUGUAAAAAAUGCAUUUGAAAAUAUUUUUUUCAAUAAGCCUUACAUGUUACAUGUCAUAUCUGUUAAGUGAUGGACAUGAGUAGUGCGCAGGUGCACGUACGUUCUCAAAAUAAAAAAUGCGCUCCAGAUCAAAUAACGCGCUCCGCAUACUGGCGCGCUGUCACUGUUCUGUCCUUGUGCUGGUCGUUGUUGAGUUUUGGCACAGGGGACAAUUGAGUAAGAAGGAGCAGGACAAGUAGACCUGCAUCUCCUACCGUUUUUGAAAUAAAGACAGGAGGAGAGUGAUGAGGAUAAUAUCUUGAAGGAUAACAGAAUUUUCAGUGCUUUAAAAUAAUAACUGUUACUAUUAAAAAAGCUGUAUUUUAUUCAUUUAAUUUUCAGUGUUUUAAAAGUCAUUUCAAUAAAUAGCUAAAUACCAUGGGACUUCAA